AUGGCUCGCCUCUCCGCCCUCAUCGCGCUCACUGCCGCAGCGGUCGCCGUCUCGGCGAAGCCGAUCCUCGUUCGCGACUCGCCGGUGACGGUUCCCAUUGCGCGUCGCUUCAACUCGACCGGCGUGCGCAACGUCUUGAAGGCGGACCAGGCUCGCGCCCAGGCGCUCAAGGCGCGCUCGCAGGCAUCCAAGAAGCACCUCGGCGCGAUCAACAAGGUCUUCACGGACGUCGACGUGCCUGUGACCAACGUGGCCGAGAUCUACACGGCGAGUGUUGGCGUUGGCACGCCCCCGACCACCUACAACCUCAUCAUCGACACCGGCUCUUCGAACACGUGGGUCGGCGCAAGCACGGCCUACGUCCAGACCAGCAGCAGCGUUGAUACUGGCGAUGAAGUGGAAGUCAGCUACGGCUCCGGUUUCUUCUUUGGUGAGGAGUACACGGACACCGUCACCAUCGGCGACCUCGUUAUCAAGAACCAGGGCGUUGGUGCCGCCUUGUUUUCCGAAGGCUUCGACGGCGUCGACGGUAUCCUCGGUAUCGGCCCCGCGGACCUGACGCAGGGCACGACCUCUUCUGGGGACACCAUCCCCACCGUGCUUGACACCGCGUUCGCCGCGGGCACCAUUGAUGCGAACCUGAUCGGUAUCUCGUUCGAGCCCACGACGGAGGCCUCUGUCACCAACGGCGAGCUGUCCUUCGGCGCUGUCGAUGACAGCAAGCACACCGGAGACAUUGCAUUUGUCCCGAUCACUUCCACUUCUCCCGCGUCCGAGUACGUCGGUAUUGACCAGUCCAUCACCUACGGCUCGGCGGGUACUACCAUCCUCUCCUCGACUGCUGGUAUCACCGACACUGGCACCACUCUCGUCCUCCUCGCUUCUGAUGCGCUCGCCAAGUACCAGAGCGCGACCGGUGCCGUCGCGGACAACUCCACUGGCCUCCUGAAGAUCACCCAGGCCCAGUUCGACAAACUCGAGAGCCUGUUCUUCCACAUCGGCGACAACACCUACGAGUUCACGCCCAACGCCCAGAUCUGGCCGCGCUCUCUCAACUCCGCCAUCGGCGGCGAUGCCAACAGCAUCUACCUCGUCACCGCCGACCUCGGCUCGAACUCCGGCCAGGGUCUCGACUUCAUCGACGGUUACACCUUCCUCGAGCGGUUCUACUACGUCUACGAUGUCGCCAACGCCCAGGUUGGUUUCGCGACCACGCAGUUCACGAACGCCACCACCAACUAGGGUCGAACGCUGGAGCGAACCCACGGCAUAUCACAUUGGCUAUAGAUCAUCGCAUAUUGUC